AUGUUUUCAUCUGUUGAUGAUUUAGCUAAAACACAUGUUACUGAUAUCGUAGUACUUGAUACACUUCGUGAAAAAGAACUUUGUGAACUUACUCAAUUAACUGAUUUACAAUCAAUGUUAAAUAAAGAAGAUUUUAAUCGAAGUGAUCAAAAUAUGAUUGAUAAAUUAGAACGACCAAGAAAAAGAUUAACCGAAUUCAUGUUUAAAAUAGUUCAAAUAAGUUUGUAUUUUUGA